AUCUCUUCCCAUGAUGCAUCACCGAGAGUGAAGGGAAGAUGCGCUGCUCCUCUCCACCUCCCACACCCAUAGCCGGUCAUUCUAAUACGUACUGGUUAAUACGUGGAUAUGCAGCGCUAAGGAUAAACUGUAACAAAGGGUCCGGACGGUAUAUAAACUCGUCCGUGGAUCAUCUUCUCAGUUCGCUUCGCGUCUUCGCUCAUAACACCAAUAUGAAUUACCAUCAGUUGACGAAAGCGCUGUUGCUGCUAUCGUGUUUUGCUAGUGAUGUACUCGCUGGAUUGCUACCGGGUGGUAGCCCCGGUGGAAGUGGUUACCAGUACAACAGACCAGGUGGAUUCGGUGGUCCAGGAGAUUUAGGAGGUUUCAGAGGGAGACCCUCAACCUUGUACGGAGCUCCAGGAACCUUGGACCUUAAUGUUGGACGUUCUUCUGGCACUUAUGGAGCUCCAGGAACUUUGGAUCUUAAUGCUGGACGUCCCUCUGGCACUUAUGGAGCUCCAGGAACUUUGGACCUUAAUGUUGGACGUACCUCCAGCACUUAUGGAGCUCCUGGAUUUGCUGAUGCUCGUGAUUUAAGCUACCAAGGUGGUGGAGGACAGGGUGGUUAUAAUCGUGACUAUGGAAGACCACAACCAUACAGCUUCCAGUAUGAGGUAUAUGAUCCUCCUAGUGGUAACGAUUACUCUCAACGCGAGAGCAGCGAUGGUAAUGUGGUGCAAGGAGAGUACAGAGUGCUGUUACCUGACUCGAGGACACAAAUCGUGAAAUACAUGGCGGAUGAUGCAAAUGGAUAUACUGCUGAUGUUCAGUACGAAGGACAGGCUCAAUUUUCUCGAGGAGGUAUUGGAAGUGGAGGUGGAGCUUAUGGAGCACCCUCUGGAGUUUACGGAGCACCCUCUGGAACUUAUGGAGCACCUGGAGGUACAGGAGGAUUUCAGGGUGGUUAUCAAGGAGCAGGUCUCAUCGGAGCCGGAGCUAGCAAUCAGUACCUACCACCACGUAACAAUUAUCGGAAAUGAAUUGGUCGUCAUAAAAGAAAUGAAGAAAGAAAAAAGAAGAAAAAAAAGAAAAACCUGAUAAAUCUCCCGAACGCUCGGUGACAACCAUUACAGACCUCCCUCGUUUUUACAGUUUUUAUUUUUUAUUUCUUAAUACUACACUCGAUAUAUUUACACCACUCCAGUCACAUGCACAUUUGCGUAUAAUCACCCUCACUGGUAUUUAACGACAUAUAUAAUUAUGUAUCGAUUAGGAUAAUUUAAUGAUUCCCCUCUCUUUUUUUUUUAACGCACGUCCCGUACAUCACGUGUGUAGUUAUUACUUUUUUACAUACUAUAUAUAUAAUAUAUAUACAUAUACUUUUAUACUUUGUACAUGGUAAUUUCUUUUUGUAUUAUCAAACAAAGUACGCUUGUACUUUCUGCUAAGCGGUCGUCGAACUUAUUAUAUAUCUUAUUAUACCUUGUGUAUGUAUUUAUACGAGCUUAACGUAAUACACGAAUGAAGUAUUCCUCCUA